UCAAAUGAUAAAGGGAGAGGGCAUAUUUAUUCAAACAUUGCUGAUAACAUUUACUGAUAAAUAUCAGGGCCUUGAAACUCCCUAGGAUAUACCGUAUUUUUAUAGUCUGGAAGUAGUUACAGUCCUUAAAUUCCACUAUUUUUGUUCCUUAAAGAAAACAUCUAUUUGUAGAAAAGGAGGAUCUCAUUAGUUAUUGUGACAUUAAAUAAGUCUGACAGCAAAGAAAAUGUACUCUAGAAGUUUGCACCAUUGUACAUUAUUGAUGUUCAUUUACCAGAACUUGACAGGUUAAUCUGAUACAACUAAGAAUUAGUAUUUAAUAAAAAUAUUAUGAGGAAUAGCUGAUGCAAGGCAAAGAAUGAAGAGGUUCAAGUUAAUGUCUUCAGAACAGAUUAUAAUAGUGCUGCUUUAAGGUAAACUUAAGAGAUGAUGAGGACUGUAGUGGUUAUUUGGUAGGAAUUAGAAAAUGGUUGAAUAUAAAUGCCUUCUGAAAACAUAAACUUGAAACACGCACAAGAAAAAGCAAUUGUAUGACCUUAAAAAUGAAUUUGCAAAUUUGACGUUUUCUCCUUUCUUUAGAAAUAUCAAAAACUGUCUUUACAGGAAUAUUCACCAGUGUUGUAGACCAAAGUAGCCUGAUGUGUUUAGCUGUGAAGAUGCAAGACGUAAGCUACCGGGGUAGAAUCUCUGCUUCCUUGAUGCUGAGACUGAGCAAGAGGAAAGGUGGUAAUGUAGGUGGGGAGUAUACAUGUGAGGUGCUAUUUGUAAUCCUGUAGUGGUAUAAGGUGCCUUUAUGAAGUCACUUACUGAAGACUUUGACUAAUUUGUUGUGCAUAUCACCUAUUUCAUUUUUAUCAGAUUUAUUUAUUCCUAAUAAAUUUUCUCAAAGGGCACAAAUAAUUGUAGUAAUACUGUUUUUAUAUGUGAAUUUAUUUCAUGCAGGUGAUCCUGUACAGGUGGAUACAUCUUAUUUUAAAGAACGUACUGCACUUGAGACUGCUAAAAGGGCACAGCCUAAUGGCUACUCUCCUACAAGUCUGUUACUGUGGUAAGGGCUUAGUCUGAAUUGCAUUUUGUUUUAGUCUUAUGGCCAUAUAAAAAAUUAGUUGAGGAAACAAAAGCAUAUGAUAGAAACUGAUAAAGACCUUGAAAUAUUUUAGAGAAGAAUUUUACUCACAAAAGAAGCUUCAAAUUUCUUUAACACUCAAAGACCUGGUAAAAGGAAAGGUAAAAUUCAUUUUGGCUUAACUCUAAUUAUUUGUCUCUUUCAAGAGGGCAGAGCUUAUAUUUAUAUUUCAAAAAUUAAUUAAUUAAAAAUACUGGGGGUAUUGAACCUCUACCAAAACUGAAAGAAGCAAUGCCUAUACCAAAGAGGUCAUUUUUACUUUUUCUCCUUUGCUUCUAACACAUCCCCCCUCAAACACAAAAAAUGUGCCCUUGAAGAUUAAAAAUUAUAGCAGUUACUAUCUUUUAAGAUAGGAAUUGGUGUUCAUGUUUUAGUUUUUUUGUUUUCAUUGUUACUGUUGUGGUUUACUUUCCAUUAUGAAGUUUUGUGUGGUAAUGAUAGAAUUUAAAUCAAGCUGAUAAUGACUAAGAAUGUUUUCUACUGUGACCAAAUGAGUGCUAUUUUUUAAGUUUUGUCUUCAUAUUUUAUAUCCUUACAGUGCAGUCCAGGUUGGAACAAGUCAGUUUUAUGACUUCUGUUUCAACCAGUAUCUUUAUGAUAAUUGCUGCCUCUCUCUUUCUGUCUGAGUGAAGAAAAAGGUAUUAAACAUGAAAAAUAAUAACAAAGUUAAAAUAGUCUAAAUAGUCUGUCAUGUAACUUCUAAUACUUGUUUACUGUGACAGUUGUUCGCCUUUUAUCUUCUCCAAUGUCUCUUUGAAGAAAUAGAAUGUUAAAAAUGUUUUAUGAUUGGAAGCAUGUAAAAGGGAGUGGUGAGCAAUAACCCCUCUGCAUACCAUGAUAAAAAUUACUUUUCUGCCUGGUCUUUGACAAUUUACAUGGGAAUUCUUCAUCAUGAGCAAAAGCAAUGAAUAAAAUACUUAAUUAUGUAACACUUGUUCUAGUUUAAUUAAUCACUGUUACUGAUUAAUAGCAGUUGUGCAGUACUAAGUAUUUUCUGAAGCUCAGUUAUCUUGCAGAUAAACGCUGAAAGAAUAAAAAAAAAUGCCCAAAGUAACUUACUUGUAGUUUUCAUUGUGAAGUAUAAUGAAUUUGUUUUUAUUCACUGCUAUUAACUUUUAUUGAUCUUAUAAGCAGUUUAUGGGAGUCCAGUCAUGUUCUGCAAACUAGGAAGACAUUAAGAAUGGUAAAUGCCGGGGGUGUUGCAGAAGUGCCUCAUGUGAUACCUUCUAUUCUCAGCAUAGGCUAAAAUUAGAACUAGAGUGACAUUGCACUGGAGUCUGAGUGAGAGUUCCAAAUGGUUUUGAUAGUACAAGCAAAAUUUGUACCUUACCUAGGCUCUUGCACAGAAAGCAAUGAGUCAUGGAAAAUCUUUGAAAACCAGAUAUUUGAGGUAAGUUGUUCCAAACUCUCUCAUGUGCUUGGAGGUGAUUUUGGGGGGAAUUACGUGGUAGUAAUUUGAGUAAUUUGUGUUUAUUUUACAGCCACCUUUGGGAAUUCACUUCUUAAUUAUCAGUGGCAAUGUGAUUGUUAUGUUCUUAUUGUUUGUCAAGAAAAUAUCAAGAAGAUUUGGCAGUAACCCUGGUAUUAUAUAAUUAAAUAUCCUUGAAGGUAGAAUCAUAUACUUAGGACCUUCUGUACUUCAUGGUUCUAAAGCAAUGUUUUAGAAUUGAAUUAUAUGCUGUCCACUUUUCGCUGAGUGUAAGCUUUCACUAAGAAUAAGUACUGAUUGCAUGGUCUGAGAUUGGCUUUAGCAGUGCAUGUAUGAACGAAUCUGUAGAGACUGGAACCUUAAUGUAUCUUUUCUGUACAACAUACUCAAAAGAUUUGUAGUUUUCUAUCUGAAAAUGUCUGAACAACAGGUAUGAUUGAUCAGGUAAAUCACUUUUUCUUGAUAGAAGACUAAUUCUGAAAAUAAGGCAUUUUAAAUUGCAGCUGCUAAUUGGAGCAAAAAGGCUCCAAUAUGGUGUUUUAGUCACUAGUGUUGCAUGUUGGGAUGAGGAAUGGAAAGGUAUUUACUAGGAGUACCACUGAAAAAGAAGUUAGUCUUUCAAAGUACAGCAAUUAAUUCUAAUCAUAUUGAUGCAGGGAAGGGAAAGACGAAAAAAUCUUCUAGUUACAGAGAAGAAAGGAUUGAAUCCCUAAAAAGGGAUUGAAUUCCCGAUUGAGUGCCAGACAGCAUUGUGCCACAUUGUGGGAUGCCUUUUGUAUCACCUGUCAAAUCCUACCAUUCUUCCUUAACAAGUAAAGAAUGGUUAUGAAUUCUUAGUAUAGAAGUAUUGGACCAGAUUCUCUCUCCCUCUCUCUCUCUCUCUUUUUUUUUUUUUUUUUUUUCCUUGGGGAGGGGUGUGGGGGAUCAGGCCUUGUAAGAUGGUUUCAUGCUGUCUUUAGAACAGGAAUCAAUCUUGACAAUUUAAAAUUAGUGUUUGCUUGGCUGUACCUUUUAAAUUGAUUUCAAUACAAUCAGACUUCACAAACAACCGUGUUAGCAAAAGACAUGAUAAACAUAAAAUGGCAGUAGAACGUUUUUUUUGGAGGGUGUGCUUAUUGGGAUAACAGAGUGUCUUUGCUGCUCUUCAGAAAAUUAUGUAUUAAUUAUCUCCCUAAGGAAAAGAUGAUUUCAAAACAUUAGCCUGAUUUGAUUUGGAUCUUGACACUCGGGAGGUCUACAAGAUGGCGAAAGAGAUGUGAAGAGUAUGAGAAGUCUUUUUUAAAAAGUAGGUGAUACAAGCACUAAGGCGCUGAAAUUCACAGUUGGAGUCCUGUGGUUGAACCUGAACAUGUAAGAAUCAUGACUGAAACUGCUGUUUGCAUUGGAUCAUUCACUGCUGUGAAGACACUUUGGGAAGUGAGAAUAAAGAAGAUAAAUGAAGAAUUACGGAAAGAAAAGGAAUUCAGAGAGAGGUCUGCAGGAAGGUUACUGCUUGUCUGGGAGGAGAGAACCACUUUAGCAAAACUCAAAGACAAAGUAGUUAAUGAAGAUGGAAGAGCAGUUUUAAGGAUAGAGGAAGAAGAAUGGAAGACAUUACCUUCCUGCUUAUUGAAAUUAGUCCAUCUCCAAGAAUGGCAGCUUCAUAGAACUAGCUUGCAGAAAAUUCCUCAGUUUGUUGGAAGAUUUCACAAUCUUGUUGUUCUCGAUCUAUCCCGGAAUUCAAUAGAAAGCAUACCUAAAGAAAUUGGCCAGCUGACUGGCCUCCAAGAGCUGCUUCUCAGUUACAAUAGAAUAAAGUCUGUUCCUAAGGAAAUAAGUAAUUGCAUCAGUCUGGAAAGAUUGGAACUGGCUGUCAACAGGAAUAUCAGUGAUCUUCCUCUGCAGCUAAGUGAUUUAAAGAAGCUUUCACACAUAGAUUUGUGUAUGAAUCAGUUCACCACCAUCCCUUCAGCUCUUCUGAACAUGCCAAAUUUAGAAUGGUUAGAUAUGGGAGGAAAUCGACUCCAGAAGCUUCCUGAUGCUAUUGACAGAAUGGAGAAUCUCCAUACUUUGUGGCUCCAAAGGAAUGAAAUUAACUCUUUGCCAGAAACCAUUGUUAAUAUGAAAAAUCUUAGUACUCUUGUUCUUAGCAACAACAAACUUAAGGAUAUUCCUUCUUGUAUGACACACAUGACAAAUCUCAGGUUUGUCAACUUCAGAGACAACCCACUGGAGUUAGAGAUAACACUCCCUCCAUGUGAGAAUACAGAAGAAGAGGAGCAACAGGAAAUGUUCGGCAUUGAAUUCAUGCACAUGUAUAUCCAGGAGUCACUGAAGAAAACAGGAAAUGUGGAAAGCUGCACUUCUGAUGCUUCUCCUAUCAUAACUGCUAAUGAUGAAGGAACCUAACUGUAAGUAGAAACUAUCACAAGAUGCUUCUUCCUAACAAUACGGCUUGCAAUUAGUUUCAAGUAUUCUUAGGGAUUUCAUUUUUCUAGUAAUGAGAACUGCUUUGCAUAUUUUUAAUUUCCAGUCAAACUGGGAAAUAUAAAACCUUUUCUUGGGAUAAGAAAGAGUAAAACUGGUUUUCUGUAAGCACUAAAUCUGCUUUUUAUACAAUCCAGAUAGAUUUUGUAGUUUUUCUGCCAGUUCCAAAUCUGCAUCUUGUCACGUCGUUGUCUCUGGGACAGCUGUCAACAGUACAUUCUCCAAGGACACAGAGGAAUCUGUAUAGUACUGUAGUGCAGCCUUGUAUCCUCGAUGUUGUAAAUAUCUGAUCCGUCCGUGAUCAAUCACAAGUUUACAGAGGGACCCUAUCUCCUUCCGCUCUUCAACAGUAAGGAGCCUACUUUCACAGAGAGGGAAAAAAAAAAAAAAAGAACAGAAUGUGUUAGGAAAAUAAUUUUGUUAAUUAACAUUAGCAGUUGAACUUAGAAAGACUACUAAAAUCAGUAUAUUUUCACUUCAAAUCAGGCAAGUGUAUGUAAAUAUUUACAUUCAUGAAAAUUCUAUUUAUAAAGUAGAAUGUUUCUAUAGAAUAAGUAAUUAUAUUGCUUCUGUAAAAUGAGUUAUUUCAGAGACCCAAACCAAUUUCAUGUUCCAAUAUCCAUAAUUCUGAUUUUUGUAAGAGUUUUUAUGCUAGAAAAAAAAAAGAAAUCACAUACCCUUGUAGAGCAUCAGAACCAGUCCCUGUUUUACUGUAUAUUUGGCCAUGCUCUUCUGUGUUGGUAGUGUGAUCUUCACUUUCUUCAUUUGUAGAGGCUUUGGCUAUGGCUCCUCUCAUGCCACAAGUGGCCCAGCUACUCAUCCUUUGAAAAUAAUGAAAUUCUACUGGUCCAAGUCCUACUGAUCUAAAGAACUCUCUGCCUACAUAAUGUGUCCAGUCACAUUUGUGAUGGCAACACAGCGCAAUAACAAUUCCAGCUACAGGCUUAAAGUCUUCUUUGUUCCUUUCAUUGUCAUCAUCAUUUGAACUGUUAGAAGCUCCUUCUGCCUUAUUCUUUGUACGUUUUGGUGCAGGCUCUUCAUCUUCUUCAUUACAGCAAGUUGCAUAACUUUCUACCAAACAUCUCAAAGCAAGAUCUGGGAAAAAAAAAAAAAAAAGAAAAAAAAAGAAGAGAAAGAUACAGAAAAUAAGAGCAAUGAAUGUACACCUUGCCUUCACUUACAUAGGCUAUAUGGCUGCUGGGAACAUGCUUCCCACAAAGAAAGAAAGUGCAUCACAAGCCAAAAAGCAACAACUUUGAGGAUAGCUAAAAAUAAGCAGCAUACUGUGAAAGGAUGAAAACUUCAUAUGCUAAAUGAAUAUUAUGAGUCCUGCACAGUUAUUAAGUUCUUAUUCUCUUCAGUCUUUCUUCUACCCCAAUCAAGCUGAAAUAUUCUGAUUACCAGACUGGCAUACUUAUCCUUCCUUAGAAAGCAUGCAAAUAUUGCUCUAAAAGUUUCACAUCCAGGACACACUCUCUUUAAUAAAUAUGCUUCUUAAUGUCCAAAUGUUUAUGCUUCUUAAUAAUACAUAUACUUCUUAAAUGUUUAACUGUGUCAUCUUUGCAACAAUACCUACAUAAGCUUUAUACAUGAGAGGUCUUUCUCAACUUAGUUAAGCAUGUAACAUUAGGAAAAGUGUAAUGGUUUAAAAUUAUCAGGACAGAAAUAAAAGUUCUUAUUGUUUGCUUGGGAUAUGCAUUCAGACAGAGCCAAUAUUCAUUUAGAAAGAAAAAUACGUUAGGGUAGAGAUGAUGGUGCAAAAAGGAACAUACUCUCAACCACUGACAAAUACAUGACCCAUGCCCCACACUAUCCUUUGGUCUACUCUGUAACAAACUAGAAAGGUUUUGCUUCUGUCUAAAGUAAAACCUGUCUACUAUUAUCCAUUUUUCUGUUCUAUUGUAGUUAACAGAUAUUUAUUAUAGAAUUUCUAUUUAUUAUAGAAUUUCUAUAGAAUUACUUCAACAAGUAGUUGGAGAGAAAAGCGUAACUAUUUGGAAGAUCAUUCCCUUCGGGAUGUAGGGCUUAAUAUCCUGUUGUCCUGUGGUUAACACAUAUCAUGCAUACCUGUGGCAGCACCACACAAAUGUUUCCCAAUUCCUACCACUGGUAGUUUUGUCUUCUCUAAAAUAGGCACCUUAUCUGAAAAAUAAACAAAACAAAAUACAAAAUGACCUGUAUUAUGUUAGUUGGGCAAAUACUUGUUCUGGAUAAUUUUAUUUCAGCACAUUUAACAAAUAAAUGUUUACCAGUACUAAAAA